CAAAAAGUUCAAAAAAAGGAGUAACGUAUUUAAAACCAAAACAAAAACAUAUUUUUUAAAUUUUACGUAAUUAUCUUACGUACCUUACCUACCUUAAUCUCACAAUAUUUCUAAGCGUUUACAUUUUAACUUUAUCUAACUACUACGAUAAUUAUAUGUGCGACGUGCGACUGUUCUUUUCCCGCGUUUUACAAGAUGUUAAAACAUAGUUUAACUUAAAGUUAAAAUGAUGUCGAUGAUAGAUUUGGAAAAGAUAAUUGCUGAUAAAAGACUACAGAUCGAGGAGGAGAAAACUCUUCUGAACCUUUCAUCGUCAGGAACAGAUUGUGAUGUUCAAAAUGCUAAUCGAGACACGGUGACUGCAAACGAAAAAUCUUUGAAGCAAGUAAAAUUCGCACCAGUAGAAAAUCUAAACCACAAUGCCGCAAAGUCAAAGGAGAUCAAAGAAGAUCAUCGCGAGAAGACAGUUCAAGACUUGGAAGAGAGUAUACCACCAGACUUAGAGAGGUACAUUAGGCGCUACCUAGGCCUGCCCGUAAUGCUGAAAGCAGGGGAAUACUCGCCGAACAACCCCCUGGUUCGAGGAGAGCGCGCCUCCGGCUCGGGGGAUGUGUUGUUGGGGCUCGGCGAGUAUGAGCGACGACGACAGACACUAAGAAGACUGAGGCAGCAACAGUACAGGGAAUACUUGGAUCAGCAAGCAAAAAAGAAGCAGGAAGCCAAAGACCAAGCGGAAAGAGAGAGAAGAGAGUCUGAGCAGCGGGACAGGGAGUACGUAGAGAGGGAGAGAGAACGAGAAGACAGGGAGCGCGAACAGAGGGCCCGCUUUUUAGAGCAGGAGAGAAGUUCCGAGCAGAGAAGAGCUAGUGUGUGUUACACUGACACAAGAACGAAUAGGAGUACCGUUGACACCGGUGUUCAAGUGAACUGUAUCUCCACACCUUUAUCUGUAGCCGUACAAACAGAUGACAUUGACUUCUAUCAGCUAUCGUCAUCAAAAUGCCAGCUAACUGAAGCUGAACGCGAAUUAUCUCCUCACACCGUAGUGUCCAACGAUGAACGGCCUAUACAGCCAGCACCUUGGACCAAUGAUCAAAGAAGAACCAGUGUGGGAGAAAGGAACGAACGAUCGCCACCAAGGAAAUCGAGUCAGAAGCUGCAGAGCGUCUACAUGCCUUCCAUAUUCGACGCCGACGCCAUACAGAUGAGGAACUUGCAAGCUGAGAAGGAAGCUGCGGCGCGUCGUCAAUUCUACCAACAGGAGUUAAAGAAUCAAAUCUUGGAGCAACAGAGGAUCAGAGAAGAGAGGAAAGCUAGAGAAAAGAUGUUGGAACAAGCUGAGAUGCGUCGUCUGGAGGAACAACUGCGUAUGUUGCGUGCCGCACAAGAACAAGAGAAGGGAGUUAUCGCCGAUAUCGAUAGUUGUAUGAUGAAAAACGCCGUAGAAUACGAUACGAAACGCACAGAAAUACAAAAGAAGAUAGAUCAAGAACAGCAAAGGUUGAUCCGGACACCAAUAACGCAUCACGCUAUAACUAAACGCAUAGAAACUUCCAGAAGCGAUGGCGCAAAAUUACCUUACCCUACUUUAGCUGAGAGAAACUACGAAAGCAAUUAUACGAAAAACCCAGAAGAUAAAUCUUACCUUCCCCAAAUACAGAAAGAUGCUAUAUUUUCACCGAAUUAUGACGUCGAUAGUUACUUGAGAAAGAAUUUGAACUUCAAAGACAAGGACCAUUUCGACAUAGACAAUAUUGGCGCAGAAAAAGUACACGAAAGACCUAAAACUAAGCCUGAAAAAAGAAUAACUACGCAUCAAAAUCCUAUUGAUUCUCUACCGAUACCUGUUUUGCGACAUUCGCCCUUAAUGCAAUGCGGUAAAGUCGAAAAUGAUUUGAGUGAUGCGAUGAAGAAAGUGGAAGACAAAUGGAAAGUGCCUGCCGUCCAAAAGAAUAUAUUGAAAUCUGUGCCUAAUGUUGAAGGUGGUAAAAAUGUUAGUAUUUUAACUCAAUUGGGUUCCAUAAGGCGACAAUUGCAAUUGGAACAGUUGAAAUUGGACAAAAUGUAUUGUAAAGAUGAUGGGGAAUUGAGUAAUUGAUUUUUGCGAUAUUGCUUUCAAACUUGGUCAAUUUACUGUAAAGCAGAAAGAUUGCACGUUAAAAAUAUUGUUUUUAUUCAAUAUUUAAUGUA